GCCGUAAUGUCGAAUAAUGUGCUUGUAUUGGUUACCGCUGUUUUCUGCGAAAUGCCGUGCUGUUCUGGCCAAUGUGGGAUUGGGGAGGAACAGGUGCGGGAGGGUAUAAGAGGGAUGACAGGUGGGUGUGCUGUGUUGGUUCUGUUGGCGGGCGAUGGUGAAGUUCGGGAAGAGACCUGUAAUGUUCUGUUUUGUUACUUUUUCCAGUGAGCACACAGUGCUGCGUUUUGCAACCCUUUUCUUUCUUGUUUUUGUACUCUUUGAAUAAAGCCAAGAAAAGACAGAGACGGUGUUCUCCUCCUUGUCAGUCUAGGUGCCAGCGCACAGCUGGAUAGUUACAUGUCCCAGUAUAGGAUAGGGUCAGACCAGCUCCACUCAUCCAAACCAGUGGAGCGCCACAAUAUUUUGCUAUCACAUAAGACACAGAAAAGCAUCAAGUCUUUAUGAUAAAGAAGGUGUAACAAGGAAGUGAGUUUGCAGUCAGAUGCAAAGCUGUUGCCACACUCCGUGACAGGCCGUUCUCAUAAGCUCUUGUGAACAUGGUGCCAUUCUAGUACCAGACUCCGCUGCUGCCACCAUGACCCCUCUGGGCCAUCAUCUCUCUGACAACAUUUGAUGCCAUCACAGCAGGCGAACUUCAGAUCCUAUAGGCCGGAGGAUGGGGAAUAUGAUGAGAGGUGUGAGUGCCGGGAAAAAGGUCAACACUGAAAACCUUGACAACUCUAUAAAGAGUUUAGAGGACAACAUGGUGGUGGUGGUUCAGGACUACCCUGCUCCUGAAAUCAGCGAGCCCAUCUACAGAGUGGGGGAAAAGCUCAGACUCAUCACACAGGAGGCUUACUGGUGGAGAGUCCGCUCUGUUCAAACAGGGAAGGACAACUACAUACCCAACAGCCACGCAGCCAAAGUGUACCACGGUUGGCUGUUUGAAGGGGUGGGGAGACAGAAGGCUGAAGAACUGCUGCUUCUGCCUGGGAACAGAGUGGGCUCCUUCAUGGUGCGGGAGAGCAGCACGGAGAGAGGUCUGUAUUCACUCUCAGUGAAGCACAGGAUGGUAAAGCACUAUCGUAUCUUCAGAAUGGACAACAGCUGGUACUACAUCUCCCCCCGCCUCACUUUCCAGUGCCUCGAGGACAUGGUCAACCACUACUCUGACUGUGCAGAUGGCCUGUGUUGUGUGCUAACCUCCCCUUGUCUGUCGGGCGUGGCCCCACAGCUAGAUGCAAGCGCUGCAGCUCCACCCGUAGUCAUGCGACAUAACUUCGACUGGAAGAAAGUAGACAGGACGCAGCUGGUCAACACAGACAGCUGCGGUGACAACAUGGUGAGCUACGGCGUCAGAAACAGCAUCGCUGCCUACCUGUCCCUUUCUAGGAAUCAAGACCCUGCACAGAUGAGAGUGGAGAGCAGGAAGAAAAAAAGUAGAUCUCUUUAUGGUAUCCCCGAAAAUAACCUUGCAAACAUUGACUAUGAAGACGACAUCUAGAGAACAGUGCAUUAAACAGACUGGAUUACCUUCGGAUGGAAGGUUAUAGAGGGCAUCCUCUCAAAUUCACCACAUUUCUGAUGUCGGCAGAGGGCUGUACCGAAAAGCAUCUCAAUGAUCAAAGUGUGUUUUAGUUUCUAAUAUGAGCACUUUGCAAUACUUUAACAUUAACACAAACUGCAUGAUCAGUUACACUUUCACUCAGCUGAUAAGAGGGAGCCGAACUGGACGAUAGUGCAAUUAAACUGUGAUGUGUGUAUUCUGCACAAGAGCCAGGAAAACAAACAGCCCGGCAUUAUAAUGGUUUAAAGAAGACUUGAAUGCUGUGGGUAUUACUGGGUAAUAUUAAUAUAUAUUAGUGGCUUUCAAACUAUCUUGCUGUGUUGCUAAUAAAUUUUCACUGGUUGAAUGGUCA